AUGGCGGGCUUGUUGGACUACGAAGAGGGAUAUCCGCAACAGCCCCAAUCAGAUGCCGUCGGCUACGACCCCAACUUCGUGCCGGACUCCGUCAGGACCUUCGUGGUUCAUCUCUACCGGCACAUCAGAGAGAAGAACGUGUACGAGAUCCACCAGAUGUAUGAGACGUCAUUCCAAACCCUAAGCGAACGCAUGUUCAAGGACACUCCUUGGCCCUCCGUCGACGCUGUCGCUCAGUACGUCGACAAUGACCACGUCUUCUGCUUGCUCUAUCGCGAGAUGUGGUUUCGGCACCUCUACGCCCGAUUGUCGCCUACUCUCAAGCAGCGGAUCGAUUCUUGGGACAAUUACUGCAGUCUCUUUCAAGUGGUGUUGCAUGGGGUGGUAAAUAUGCAGUUGCCGAACCAGUGGUUGUGGGACAUGGUGGAUGAGUUUGUGUACCAGUUUCAGUCGUUCUGUCAGUACAGGGCGAAGAUGAAGAACAAGACUGAGCAAGAGAUUGGGCUUUUGAAGCAAUAUGAUCAGUCGUUCUGUCAGUACAGGGCGAAGAUGAAGAACAAGACUGAGCAAGAGAUUGGACUUUUGAAACAAUAUGAUCAGGUUUGGGUUCUGCAUUGUGCUUAA